UAUUACAAUUAUUUAUUUCAUAUUUGUACCAGAAACGCUCGAAUUCAAAGUUCUACACUUAUAUAGAAAAGAAAUAACGGUAGUUGAAAAAAAUGAAAAUAUUGAAAAUAGGCCGAAAUUAGCUAAACCUUGGUUACCAUUGAUCUACUUAUGUGAUCUAACGAUUUUACCGUAUAUACUUGUUGCAACUAUGAGCUUUACAGCUGCAUUUGGUUGUCAAACCCUACAUUCAUCGUAUUUAGCUCGUACACCAUACGAUUACAAUGAAAUGAUGAUUGGCUUUUUAUAUAUUCCAAUUGGCAUAGCUUUAUUUACUGGUAGUUUCAUUGGCGGGAAACUAGCUGAUCGAGCAGCAUCCUGUAAAUAUUUUAAUAAUGUUGCUGAACGACGUAUGAUACCAGGUUUAAUUCUGUCACUACUACUGGUACCAACGGGUUUAAUUCUCUACGGAUGGUCACUAGAAUAUGGUUAUAAUAUUCUGAUUAUCAUCUGUGGACAGUGCCUAUUUGGUUUAGGUCAAGCUAAUCGACCGGGUAUACUUUCAUAUUUUACAAUUAAACAUCAACAACAAGCAGCUAGUAUAAUCUCGGCAAAUAAUUUUGUACAAAUCUUAUUUGCAGCUAUUGGCAUUGCAAUAUCUAUACCAGCUUCACAUCGACUAGGUAUUGGUCCAUUUAUAACAAUUUUAGCUCUAGUGAACAUAGUAACAAUUGUCGUGGCAGGUGUAUUAAUAUACAAAAAAAUUAAAUCAUCACCUGAACAAUAA